AUGGAAGCAGCGGAGGAAACUCUCACUUACCGAGAUGACACCUUACUUCACAGGAAGCUGCUCCCAGAGGACAAGCAUGGGGACAAGACGGACAGCAAGGGCCACGCCACCGAGACGAAAAGCGACGAGUCCAACUAUGUGGACCUGGACAUGAAACCCGACGGCGCAACAACAGGGAAAGUGACUUUCACGGGCGAGGAAAACCAGCUGCCUGUUAUCAAACGCGACAGUUCGAAGCAGGGGGAGCGUGACGAGGAGGGUGUAAUCAUUUCAGAGGAUUGUGUUGAAGAGCAGUUAGAGGACAGGCGGGCCACCGUCCCCGGGACAACUCGGAUCAAACCUCCCAACACCGAUCGGGACGCGGAAAAGGAGCAGCAGCGGCAGGCCGAGCUCGACUGCAGUGUGAGUGAUGAGCUCCAGUAUACGGACAUGUAUCUGAACAGCAAGACGGAGUCGGAUGAUGGUGCCAGCGCGGUGAUGUCCGACCACUGCAGCUCCGACACCGUGGAGGACGAGUCUCACUAUAUCACGACGCACGAGAUCCAGCUGACCGAGCUCGACCACGAGGUCGACUACGACCUGGGGCGAGGGACCUGUUGGGAUUUUGAAGACGACAACCUGGUUUUUUCCUUUGUGGAUUACGCGUCUUUUGAGAGCGAUGACACGCAGGAGGGGACUUUGAUACUCAGGGGAAGGGGCCCGGCGAAAGCGCAGUCUAAUCUGGGUGGAGAAGUUGUCAGCACCGAGCACGAGGAUAGUGAUCCUUGCGACUCGGACAAAUGCGCCAGUUCAGAUGAAAGCGUGUGCAAAAACCACAGUGGAGACGCGAAUGGGGGGAAAGUCCACGUGUCUAUAAAAACAUCUUCCAGGGCGGUGAACGAACCGGUCAGUAUCUCUGACAACAGCACGUGUGGGUACACAAAACACUUUGGAGACGGGAGCCACUUCUCUUUUGUGAGCUCCGGCGCCAGAGUGGGGCCCUUUAGCGACAGAGCGCAAUAUUUCAUCCCCGCUCCGGGCCGUCAGCACCUUGCAUCCAAACUGAGACGGAAAGAUAUUAAUGAGUAUUCCAGCGGAGGGUCCAGCUCCAUCAGUGAGCUAGACGACGCUGACAAAGAGGUGCGUAAUUUAACCGCAAAGUCUUUCCGGAGCUUGGCAUGCCCAUAUUUCGAUGCCAUUAAUCUUAGCACCUCCAGUGAGUCCUCCAUGUCGGAAUAUGGGCUAAAUAACUGGUCGGCUUAUGUGGACUUGAAAUAUGGAAACAUAUCGCGGGGAGGAGAGCGAAGCGUAAUUGAAACUUCGAGCACAACCUUGGAAAUGAAUAAGACUGUAGGCAGUAAGAGGCAUGGUAAGUCUAUUACCGGCAUGAAAGCUCCACUAAAUAAAACGUACGCGCCGAACAAGAGAUCAACCUCUCAACAAUCAUCCUCAUUGAGCAAAAAGGUCGAAGUUCACGAUCCCGAUCAGCCCAAGCAGCGUGGAGUCACGCUGAAUUUCCGGUGUAAUGUUGAAGCGCCUGAAGGCGGCAGACGUCCUAAAAGCUCCAAGAAAGCACGAUCCAAUGAGCUUACUGGGACUGUGUUGGCCAGGUCAGGGUGUGAGAUGCAGUAUCUUCACUCAGAUAGCACGGGGGGUACACACAAAAGAGCAGUUUUUGCAUCAAGUCUAUUGCAAAAUGUGAUUUCCAAAAAGAUGCAGUUUGAACAGGAGCGGAAAAUGGAGAGGGGUGAAAUUAGUGACGCACACCCAGCACUCUCCCCGAGUUUUCAAUUUAAAGAUCACGACGGGAUGAAAGACAGGGGUCAAGGAAGAGGCUUACAAAGACAGACGUCAGAAUCAGGUUCAGGUUUUACUGUUAACUCCGAUGAUCAAUGCCUGGAGGGGAGCAGACCCAGCUCCUGUGAGCUUGCGGAGGAGCAGAAAAGCAGCAGGGCACCAGAUGAUUCAGAAAAAGGGAAACACAAGCCUACAAAAGCUUCGCUCAGCUGCAGUCAAAGCAGUGCAUUUAAUUCACUGAACGAAGAUGAGCCAGAACCGGUCAAGGAGGCCAAACCCACAUUUUUAACCGACAAGCACACCACAACAAAGGGAUUAGACACCAGCAGCAUGCUGACAAAACUGCUUUUCGUCCCAAGCUGCCAGCUCCUUUCGAAAGAGAAGGAUUUUACAGAAGACUUGCCAAUCCGUGCACCUGUCACAGGUGCACCUGCUGGCCCACAGAAAUGUGAAAAAGAGUUCAAAACAGGCAACAACGGAAACAUAGGCAAAGAAGAAAACGAGAAAGGGGCAAAACCCCCUGGGAUAAAAAUAUGCCUGAGGAGUGUGAAGGAAAAUAAAGGCUGUACACUGAAUAUUGCCAACCUGUUAACCCCUAAAAUAAGUUUAAACACAUUCAAGGCAGCAGGUGAUGCCAAAUGCCACGCGUUGUCUGUUUCAGAUAAAAUCCCAAACUUCACUGUUAGAGACAUAAGAGACACCAAAUGCAGGUUUCAAACACCCAUAUAUCAAGUUAGAGAUGUCCGUAAAUUGGUAAAAAGCUCAUACCGCUUUGUUUCAUUGGAUAAUAGUGAAAAAACUGCUGAAAAACUUGAGGUUACAAAGGCGCCAGUUAAGCAUGUAUUACCAUCUCCAAUUGUGAUUAAGUGUCACUCUGUAAAAACAAAUGUUAAACAACAGACAGCUGAGGCAGGCAUCUCAUCUGAAACAUGUCGAAGUGAAAAUACACCGCCACAGUGCACAGCCAGUAGGGUGCCACUUGUUGCAUCAAAGCAGCUACACCCUGAUCAGUCAGAUAUUCAGCCAAAUAUUGAAACCAAACUGACAAAACAGAGGCAGGAAAAGUUUGCAUGUGAGACGUCUGAGAGGAGAAGUGAGACAAAAAUACCAAAACAGGCUGCAUUAGAGAAGCUUAAAGCUGCAGUCAAAACAAUGGAGCAGCUUUAUGUUUUCGAUAGAAAUGAAUGGAAGCGUAAAAGUCAAGCUCCACAGCCAAUCACAGACAGCCAUGUUUUAUCCCUUAUUGCCAGUGAGGAGCAGGGAGCGGAGGAGGUGGAGAUAACAAACACCGACAGGGCUCCUCAGUCACAGGAUAGUAAAGGAGCUCUGAAUAUCACACAUGUUCCAUAUAGCGAUGACACGUUUAAAACACAAUCGCAGCAAAGUAAAACGUUUAGUAACAAACGCGUGCUUCAUUUUGGCAACAAGGCGCGUAUCAGCAUCAGCUCAGUUAGUGAUCCUAUUGCACAAAGCGCCACGCUGCAAACAUCAUCGACUAUGAAAAGCUCCAGGACGCCGGUGGCUCCACUGUCUGUGAAAAUAGAGCCUCCAAAACACGGCCAGGUGGAGCAGGGAAAGGUCAAAAUCAUUCCCACUAAUCCCACUGUCGCACAGGCCUGCUCGGACUCUGAGAACUAUUUAACCAUACCGGGGUAUACGAAUGAAAUCAAACUGCUGAAUCGAGAUCCCGUUUCCAAGGAGGUGAGUUCAAAUGUUAGCCAAAUCAAAACAGGUGACAGGAAGACACCUGAGCAGAAAAGAUCUCCAUUAAUUAUGGAGUACCCAGCUUCAAGCAUCUACCAUCAAACACAGCCGCAGGUGUUGUGUUUCUCUCCAUCUUACCCGACCGUGUCACCUACACCUUCUACCGGAGAGGCCGCGCCACAAACACAGCGCAAGAUGCUUUUGGACCCCACUACAGGACAUUAUUACCUGGUGGACACUCCUAUUCAGGCCACCACAAAGAGACUAUUUGACCCUGAGACAGGCCAGUAUGUGGAUGUUCCUAUGUCCCAUUCUCCCGUAGCACCUGUCACCCCUGUGCCUCUCUCAUUGUCCCCCCUGGCCCUGAGCCCAGGAGCAUUCGCCCCCACCUACAUGAUCUACCCAGGCUUCAUCCCCUCGCCCACUCUGCCAGCCCAGGCGGUGUUGUCUCAGUCGCCGUGUCUCUCUGAGGAUGCAGGUGCAGAAAGGGCAAAAAACGCCAGAAGUCCUAAGCCGGACACACAUGCAACAGGCGCAGAGAGUGCGUAUUACAGUGCAACAGGUGAGACGACACAAGGGCCACUGCAGCUUCCUGUUAGUUUGGGACAUGUGACCGCCAGAGGAGGUGCAGCGAGCUCUGAUAGGAAGCCAGUUAUCAGCAUCACAACGCAACAAGGUCCAAGAAUCAUCGCGCCGCCUUCCUUUGAUGGCACAACAAUGAGCUUUGUAGUGGAGCAUCGGUGA